AGCAUGACGCACCAGCGAUGGAGCUGCCACUCGAAGUCUGGGGCGAGAUCGCCUCGUUCCUCGACAUCCGAUCGUGCUUGGCACUGACACGCACCUGCCGCCGAUUCCUCGCAUUUCAUCAACCUGCAUGGGAGGAUACGAUCUACCAGUGCUGCAUCAACACCCGCAGCCUCUCGCUGAUCCAGGUGAUCAUGCGACCGAUCCCGGUUCUGUGGCGGAACGAAAGCGUCCUUCGACACUACACGCGCUUCAGCUCGAUGAUGCACAAGGAAGCAAUGGUCUGUGAACUGCUCCGCCGUGGCCCCACAUCCACUAACGAUCCUGGUUUCCGAAUUCUGGAAAUGUUGAUCGCGUGUGGAGUGUCGCCGUACGGAGAUAUUGCUACCCGAUGCAUCAUGUGCAUCCAGAACCACGAUGUCUUGGCACGUAUCGUCCCUGUGAUGACAGCCAACUGUGCCCGCAGGGGCGAGGAAUCACUGGCGUUGUUUGCCAAGACCGCAGUUGAACGAGCGAUACAGACAUGUCGCCACGAAUUCAUUCAAGCCUUCCUCGGGCAAGUGACACUCGAUCUGGUGGACAGCAUGCACUACUUUGACUGGGAUCUCAUCAACGAAGCCAUCUAUGCCGAGAGCACGAUCGUGCUGGAUCUCUUCUUCCAACACCAAUGGCCUCGCCCCAGGCAGGAUAUCGUCCAGCAAGCUGCCAUCAUUGGAUCCAAGCGCAGCAGUGCUGUCGUUGUCGAAUGGGCACUCGGCCACAAUCAACUGGACGACCCUCGUGUGCUCCUCGGCCACAUUGUCAGCCUCUCUCCCGAGAUCCACGACCUGGUUCUCCGAUUCUUCCCGAGCGAGGCGACCCGUCUCCUGAAGCGACUACUCAAGUCACAUCCAAACUCCGACCCACAGCCCUUGAUCUACUACUGCGUCUGUCGAUCGCCGCAGAUCGACGCGGGCGCCCUGGUGCUCACUGCGAGAUACCAGAAACUCGAGUUCCUGCGAUUCAUGCUGGAGCAGAUGAAUCCGGAAACGUACGAGUCGGAUCUGUGGUUCGACCUCCUCUGCAGCUCGGGACACAGCAACGCAACCGUGGCAUUCGUGCUGCACCACCACUGCUACAGCACCAAGGAGCAAGUCGAUGCACUGCGCCGAUUUGUGGUGUUUGGAUUCGAGCCUGGAACCAAUGUGAUUCUAGACAUGCUCGACGAUCGCGAUCUUCCCGACGAUAUCUUGUUCCGGGCAUACUUCAACAUCAGCGAGUUCACUGGGAUCUGUGUGUACACCCUGUUGCGUCGGGUGCUGCACAUCCCCAGGAUCAUUGGAUUCCAGGAAAUGGGCGAGACCGUCCUGGAGCGGGUGAUCCGCUUGCGAAUGUGGUCGCACAUCGUGCCUCUGGUGGAUGCCGGGGUGCGGGUGUGCAAUUCGCAUGUGUUGCUGGCGAAUGUGUAUGCAUGUCCCAACCGCAUUUCGUGUAAGCUGGUCGUGAAUGCGCCCCAGGAGGGUGAAUAAAAGUCAGCUCUCUCUUGUAGAGCAUCACAUUCUGUUAGAGUCCAGAGGGGACUCAACGGCAAAAGAAGAAGUGAGCUCGAAGUGAGCUCAGGGAAGGCAAGGGUAAAGUCCGAAGUGGACUCGGAGAGGGAGCGAGGAAAUUAAAGAUCCGUUCAAGAUAAGACUUGUCUCGAAAUGAGACGUGAGGAACACUCAGAGAAUAAAGUAGAAGGCACUUUAUUUAGUCCUAUUU